AUGAGUGCCAUGCCCAAGAUGCAAGUGGAGAGUGGGUCAGCUGAUCCUGAAGAGGGGGUGGAGCAGCAGCCUAAGGGGGGUCCUGCACCCCAAGGAGAGGGGGUCAAGCUGACGACUGCCAUCUAUCAUGCUCGUGCAGUGUCUGGGCAACUGGAGGGAGAAGAAGGCCCAGCCAAGGCAGCUACAGAUCAUCUUUUGGAGGCAGCGGCUGCAAAAAGUGACGUGAAACCUCUGAAGGCAAAGUUGGAGGAGGCGAAGACCCAACUUGCAAGUUUGAGAAGAGAAACUGCUGAAUGGAGGGAGACCUCGCGAAGUGUGUGUGCUAGGGGAUUGGAAGAGGCCCAGAAGCCCAAGAAGAUGCAAGUGUUGGCGAUAGUGCAGGGGUACUCAGCCGAGCGAGCCAAUGCUGAACUGUUCGCGACCAAGUUGGAGCUGGAAGCGAAACGCCGCAAGGUGGUGUCGCUCGAGUUCCAAUUGGGGAACGAGCAGAAGAAGCUAGAAGAGGCCCAUGCAGCCUGUAUCGUCGCCAACGAUCGGUGGGAGGAGGCCAUGUCUAGCAACGAAGAUCUUCAAGCUCAGUCAAUAAAAGAGAAAGAAGAGUUGGAUUUGAAGAUUGCUGAGCUGGAGAGGACGUUGGCGGACGAGCGGGCCAAGUCAAUAGAGGAGAAGGCGAGGUUAGAGAAGGAGUUAGGGGAAGAGAAGACCAAGGCAGCCUCUGAGAGGGCAGCAUACCCCGACUUGUACGUCGCUGUAGUAGAGCAGUUCAAGGGGUCUGCUGACUUCCAGAUGGCAAUCGAUGCUGCGAUCGCCAGUAACUUGGCAAGGGAGACGUCUGGGGGGGCUGGUCUGUCGGGAAUGACCGCUGGGAGCAGGAGUGAAAAAGAAAAGAGCCAUAUCGCUCACAAGCGAGUGCUUGAACUUCGCAAGACUACAAGGCAAGCGUUGGCCGAAGUGAUAGAAAAAACUGUAGAGCUAGAAGAGGCUAGGAAGCAGCUAGCCGAGCUAAAAUCCGAGAACGGACGUCUGGCCGGUCUCGUUAGCGUGGCUGAAGUAGAAAAACAAAAAGCUGCAGCCUUGAUCAAAGACAAAUACCUGCGUGAGCUAGCCAAGCUCGAAGGUAAGAAAAACGCAGAGAUCACCGAGCUAAAGAAAAAGGCGGCUGAUGCGAAUGCUGAAGGUUUCAAGGAGGGGGAGGCCCUCUCUAUGCAGCAGUAUGAGGCAGCCAAAGAUUUGUUCUUCAAAUGUGGUUGGAGGACAGCUGUGGUGCAGCUCGGUUGUGGGCCCGAGACCGAGGUCUACAAUCCUCCUCAGUACUUCAUACCGAGCUCACUAUCGGAGUACGCUGCAUCAGUUCAGCAACAGUUUCUUCAGGGUUCAGACGACGAUGAAGAAACCGAGCCCAAUGAUACCCCAGUCAUCAAUAAUCAGGCCAACGAUCAAUCAGUUCGGUUGGAGCCAACGGUUGAAGACCUGACGGCUGAAACCGUGCUUCCAAUAGACACCGAGCUCCCAACCGCGACUGAUCUACCCUCUGAAACCGGUCUUCGUGUUGACAUUGAUGCUGAUCUUGAUGAUCGGUUCAACUGA